AUGGUAAUAUCUUAUGCAAAUCCCAUUUUUCAUAUUCGCUACUUAAAGCUCGAGUCUUUCGUAUGGAACAUCAUCAUUCGUGCCAAUGUUCACAAUGUCUCGCCUGCUCGGCGUCAUUCUCCGAUCUCCGUCUACCUCCGUAUGCGCCACCAUUGCGUCACCCCCGAUUUCCAUACUUUUCCGUUUCUUCUCCCUUCUUUUGACAAUCCCAUCCAUCUUCCUCUUGGUCAACGAAUCCAUGCUCAGAUUCUUCUUUUUGGACUUGACAAAGACCCCUUUGUCCGUACUUCUCUCGUCAAUAUGUAUUCUUCUUGUGGCGACUUGGCCUCUGCUCGGCGAGUUUUCGAUGAGUCUGCCUCAAAGGAUUUACCGGCGUGGAACUCUGUGGUCAACGCCUACGCCAGAGCCGGGUCGAUCGACGUUGCUCGGAAGCUGUUCGACGAAAUGCCUGAGAGAAAUGUGGUUUCGUGGAGCUGCUUGAUCAACGGGUACGUCAUGUGUGGGAGAAACAGAGAAGCGCUUGAAUUGUUCCGAGAGAUGCAAUCACCUAAACCUAACGAAGCUUUCGUCAGACCUAACGAGUUUACAAUGUCGACUGUGCUCUCGGCUUGUGGGAGAUUGGGUGCGCUCGAGCAAGGGAAAUGGGUUCAUGCUUACAUUGACAAACACAGAGUCGAGAUUGACAUUGUCUUAGGCACAGCUCUCAUUGACAUGUACGCCAAAUGCGGAAGUCUAGAGAGAGCAAAAGUUGUUUUCGAUGCCUUGGGAGCCAAGAAAGACGUCAAAGCUUACAGUGCUAUGAUAUGUUGCUUGGCGAUGUACGGUCUCACGGAAGAGUGCUUUCAACUGUUCUCUGAGAUGACGACGAGUGACAACAUAAACCCAAACUCUGUAACAUUCGUGGGUGUUCUCGGUGCUUGUGUGCAUCGUGGUCUGAUCAACGAAGCAAAAUCUUACUUUGCAAUGAUGACUGAGAGAUUCGGUAUCACUCCAUCGAUUCAGCAUUAUGGGUGUAUGGUUGAUCUCUACGGAAGAGCUGGUUUAAUCGAAGAAGCAGAGAGCUUUAUAGCGUCUAUGCCUAUGGAGCCUGACGUAUUCAUUUGGGGAUCUCUGUUAAGCGGAUCGAGAGUGGUUGGUGAUAUCAAGACUUGCGAAGCUGCCCUCAAGCGUCUCAUCGAGCUAGAUCCCUUGAACAGUGGAGCGUAUGUGCUUCUCUCUAACGUCUACGCCAAAACAGGGAGGUGGAUAGAUGUUAAGCGUAUUAGACACGAAAUGGAGGUAAAGGGUAUUAAGAAAGUUCCUGGGUGCAGCUCUGUGGAAUUAGACGGAGUGAUUCACGAGUUUGUUGUAGGAGACGAGUCUCAAGAAGAUGGCGAGAGAACUUACGCUAUGCUUGAUGAGAUAAUGCAGAGGCUGAGAGAAGCUGGAUAUGUUUCGGACACUAAAGAGGUUUUACGUGAUCUUGACGAGGAAGGUAAAGCGAUGGCUUUGUCUUACCACAGUGAGAAACUGGCAGUCGCUUUCUGUUUGAUGAAGACGAGGCCUGGAACUCCGGUGAGGAUCAUCAAGAACCUCAGAAUCUGUCGAGAUUGUCAUCUUGUGAUGAAGAUGAUCUCGAAGCUGUUUGGUAGAGAGAUUGUUGUAAGAGACUGUAAUAGAUUUCACCAUUUCAGAGAUGGAUCCUGCUCUUGCAGAGACUAUUGGUGA